AACCUAUUUUAAAUCCCUCCAUAGAUUUGGGUUCAAACAUGUUUAAACAUUUCCUAGUGUUGGUUGUUCUUUUCGUGGGAGGAUUUUCCUCCCCUAUAAAGCGUGAGGAAGCUCCCCCAUGCCAGCUAUGUCACGAAACAGAUCCGAAUAAAAUCAACGUACACUUAAUCCCACAUUCACAUGAUGAUGUCGGUUGGAAAAAAACAGUCGAUCAAUAUUUUUACGGAAGCCGCUCCGACAUUCACAAAGCUGGGGUCCGCUAUAUUAUUUCCUCGACAGUGGAAGCACUUAAAAAUGAUCCAGCUAGGAGAUUUGUUCAAGUCGAGACGGCAUUUUUCUGGAAGUGGUGGCAACAACAGUCUGAUAUUAUCAAGCAGGAUUUUAUUGAUUUGGUUAAUAAUGGGCAAAUUGAGAUUAUUAAUGCUGCUUGGUCAAUGAAUGAUGAAGCGGCAACAAAUUAUCAAUCAACAAUCGAUCAAUUCACUUAUGGUCUAAGAACAAUUAACGACACAGUUGGCAAAUGUGGAACGCCUAGAAUCGGUUGGCAAAUUGACCCUUUUGGCCACAGUCGAGAGCAAGCUUCUAUAUUUUCCCAGUUGGGCUUUGACGGUGUGUUUUUUGCCCGCAUUGACUACAACGAUCGCAACAAAAGAAAAGCAGACAAAAAUCUCGAAGUCGUUUGGCAAUCAAGUGCAAAUUUGGCCAACAGUAACAUUUUCACGAGCAUUUUUGUCGAUCAUUAUCACGCCCCUUCUGGUUAUUGUUUCGAUAUUGAAUGUGGCGAUGAAGUUUUGAAUGAUGAUGUCAAAAGUCCUGACUAUAACAUCCCUAAAAAAAUUGACGAUUUCCAAAAGAAAAUGGAAUCAACAGCACAGUACUACCAGACCAACCAUCUUCUUGUUACCAUGGGGGGAGACUUCCAAUAUCAAUCGGCCGAGAAAAACUUUAUCAAUAUGGACAAACUUAUUGCAGCUUUCAAAAAUAACGAUAAAGUUAAUCUAUUGUAUUCCACACCUUCGUGUUACAUUAAAGCAGUUAAUGACGAAGCUACUGCUAAGAAUUUAGAGUUUACACUUAAAACAGAUGAUUUUUUCCCGUACGGUUCUGACUCUCACACCUACUGGACUGGAUAUUUCACCUCACGUCCAAACUCUAAACGACUUGAAAGAGUGGCCAACAAUGUUCUACAAGCCAGUAAACAACUGACCGCCUUUUCGAAAGUAAAUGGAAACGACUACGAACAAGACUUAACUGUUCUUAAGCAAGCACUUGGCAUUAUUCAACAUCAUGAUGCCAUUACAGGCACUGCGAAAGAAGCUGUUGCUAAUGAUUACGUCAGACUGUUGGCUAAAGGUAUCCAAAAUGCCGAAUCUUCAUUGGGAGUUAUUAUAACAAAUUUGCUAAAAAAAGAACCUUCCACUGACAUCAACCUAAAUCUAGAACAUUGCAUAUUAAGCAAUGUUAGUAUUUGUGAGGUGACCAAAUCUGAUCGUUUUGUAGUAACUGUUUACAAUCCCCUUGAACGUCCACUAACACAUUACGUACGUUUACCGGUACCAGAUGGUAGUUUCAAAAUAACUGGGCCUGAUGGUGAAGUUGCUACCGAACUGCUUGACAGUAUUUCGAGCUUCAGUUACAUAGACAAGAACACAGGAGUGCCAAGCCCUAAAGAACUAGUUUUCCCAGCUAGUGAUGUUCCAGGUCUUGGCGUAAAAUUAUAUUAUGUUGAAAAAACAGCUUCAAAGUCGCGUCUAAUGAAACAAAAACCUCAAGUUAAAUUCGGCACUGAUACGACCGGAUUUGAAAUUGAUGAAAAAACUGGACUUUUGAAAACGGUUACCAUGAAUGGACUAACUUUAGAAAUAACUCAACAAUUCUUCUACUACAAAGGUUUUAAUGGUGACAACAAAGGCGAUGAAAACCGAGCUUCUGGAGCUUACAUUUUUCGCCCCAAAGAAAAUGAAGCUACAGUUGUUAGUGAUUCUGUUACUGUUACUUCAAUUAGUGGCUCUUUGGUUGAUGAAGUGCGUCAACAAGUCAAUGAUUGGGUUACGCAAAUUAUCAGGGUUUAUAAAGGAGCAAAUAAUAAUUAUAUUGAAUUUGACUGGCUUAUUGGCCCAAUUGAAGUAGAUAAGGACAACGGAAUUGGACGCGAAAUCAUAAGCAGAUUCACCAUUAAAAAUUUUGAUAAUAGUGAAACAUUUUUCACCGACUCAAAUGGGCGCGAAUUGAUUAAACGACAAUUAAACAAACGUAGCGAUUACGAAUAUGAUCCAACCCUUGAACCUGUUUCUAGUAACUACUACCCUGUAACCUCCAAAAUUGUAAUUCGAGACGAGGCAAAAAAAUUAGAGGUUGCAGUUCUGAACGAUAGGGCACAAGGUGGUUCAAGUCUAAAAAAUGGAACUAUCGAAUUAAUGCUCCACAGACGAUUGUUAAAAGAUGACGCUAAAGGAGUUGAGGAGCCGCUUGAUGAUGAAGAGUUUGGGCAAGGGGUUGUUGCACGAGGUCAACUUUAUUUAAUAAUAGGUUCGACUGAUUCAAAUGUGGAAAAUAAGUCGACAGUAGCGCAAGAACGCGAACUGGCAUUGAAAAAAUUAUUGAGUCCUUUGGUGUUAGUUGGUGAUGCCACAUCGGACGAUUUAUCGCUAGAUAAAGUGCAAGGUGUUUUAAAUUUCAUUUUCGAAGGAUUGAAAAAAACACUCCCAGAGAACGUCCACAUUUUAACACUUGAGCCUUGGAAAGACAACAGUUUUGUUUUAAGAUUGGAACAUAUUUUGGAAAAUAAUGAAGAUGUGAAUUUGUCACAAAGCGUCACCGUAAAUUUAGAGAACUUGUUUGCCACCUUUAAUCUUACCGAAAUUAAAGAAACAACGUUAGGUGCUAACGAAUGGAUGGAAGACUUUGAAGCAAGAGAAAAAUACGUCUGGAAAACUAAAAGUAAAAAGGCAGACGUAAUGACAAAAAAUAGUUACGUUCCACUAAAGUCUGGAGAAUUUGAAAUUACACUAAAUCCGAUGCAGAUUCGUACCUUCAUCAUUAAAGCUUCCAAAACUAUAUAACUUGUAUGAGUAUUUCCCAAAAUAAAGUUUUAUAAAAUA